AUGCCGCACAAGAAAGCCAAGCGGUCUAUUCGCGAGCGCGAGAGAUCAGAAAAAGGCAGCAACCUCGCCCCUGCGCAGCAGUCGCUCGCCACCGAAGCCCUUCCGAAAUCCCUGACCCGCGUCCUCAACGCCUCGCAAAUCCGGCAAGACUGGCACGCAAAGAAACGGAAGAACAGCGAGGAGGAGGGCGGAGGUGCUGUCAAACGAAAGAAGACAGAGAAGGGCGCGAAGGGGAAAGCAGAGCUCAGUAUUCUGCCCGGAGAGUCGAUACAGCAUUUCAACAAAAGAGUCGAGGAUAAUAUGCGUCCGUUGGUCAAGACCGCGAUGCAGUCGUCGAACGCUACCCUGCGCAAGGCCCGCAAGGAGCUCCCCAGCAAAAAGAAAGGCAAACCACCCGCAGACCCGGAAUCCGACCAGGAUGAGCCCCCCGCGCCCGCGCCGUCAUCGCAGAAACACGACCGAAGCGACCCGCCGAAGGAGUUCGCGACGCUCUCCUCGUCCGCCCCGAGACGCCUGAACGACAUCGCGCAAGCACCGCCGGAGCUCAAGGCUCUUCCGAGAGCCGCGGCGAUGCGCGUGAAGAAUGGGGACUCGAAGCGGUCGAAGAUGGCGGAUAAUGUGCUGUCGAUGGCGCAAAAGGCCAUGAUGGAGGAGGAGAGGGAGAAGGCGAUCAAGCGGUAUCGGGAACUCAAGGCAUCGAGGAUGGCGACAGCAUCGUAA